AUGCCAAAUCCGCCGCAAUAUGCUCAGGUUGGUGGCGUGUGGGAAAAGCUUUCAACAAAAAAAGAACAAAUUCACGAUGGACUUAAUAAGCUAUUUGCAAUAAUGCCUUAUGAUAUUAUUACGUUGAAUACGUGGAAUCGAUUAAUACCACAAUGGAUGCAAAGUAUUUGUGAUUUGAUGGAAGAUGAUGAUUUCUCUGAGUUCAAAAUAUUACUUAGUAAAAUAUUUGAAUCUGACCUUCGUCCUUUACCAUUCAAUAAUGAGCAAUUGUAUCAAUUCAUCACUGAUCACUUAACAACAGGCGAUAAAAGAAGUAUUUCAAAUGCGCUCGAUUGGAUUCAUGUUUUAUUGUCGAUGGAAAUUUCAAUACCACUUUCAAUCUUACUUGAUGCAUUUUCCAAAUGUGUCACACGAAUGUCACAAAUGGAAUUAAAUGAAAAUACUGAGAAUGAUUUCGAGGAGGAAUAUGCAUCGUUACAUGUUUCCAUGAUCGAUAUCAUUUCCAAGCAGAUAUCUUUAAGUGAUCAAUCACAAAAUGAAGUAAAUAUGAUGGCUGAUUUAAUCUUUUCUACAUGUGCCAUAAUAUUGGAAAAGCCAUUUGCACAUUGUAAGCAUAGCUGUGAUAAUCCGGAAUUUGAUGAAUUUCUGGAUUGUUCCGCUUGUCAACAAUCUGUUUUUGUUUAUCAGACUGUUGCUCAACUUAUGGAACGAUUAUCACCCAAAAAACAACUUCAUAUAAUAGUUCAUGCUGAUGAGCCAACAACUAAUUGGAAAACGCAAAUUUCUAAUGUUCCACCAGAAAAAUCAUCGUUUGAUAAAUGUUCCACUCCAUCAGUGAUAGCACCAGUAUCAGAUACAUUAUCAUCAUCAUCAUCAUCACUUAUCCAAAAGUUAACAACAACAAAUGAUAGUAAACUUCAAUUUCAAACAGCUACUAUUCAUGAAACAAACACCGAAUUUGUUGGCUUAUUGCCUGAUGAAGAGGUUGAAACAGCUGUCGAAUAUGCAACAUUAACGGAAGCAGGUGUGGAAUGUGGAACACAUCAUAUUAUAACAUCAUCGUUGGUGGAAAAUGUUAAAAUUUUAUCAGUGGAAGAAGAUACAGUGGUAAAAGAAGGAACAAAAUUUUGGAAUACUUCAGUUGGACGUUUCCGUUUCGCACUUUCCGAUUUACCACCUCAACUUUGCCUUAUCCAUUCCAUUUUAACGAAUCUGGAAAUGGAGCGCGAAGCAGAUGCUCAUUAUUUCAUGCUUACAAUAGUGAAACUUUUAUGCCUUCAUUGUGAAUCGUUGUUGAAUGCUCGUCGUGAACAUCGAGGAUACUUAAUUUGGGCACAAGAAAAUUUGCUUAUACCGAAACUAUGGACUUUACUUCGUUCAGAUCGUUCACAGUUAGCAGAAUUAGUAAUUCCAUUAAUUAUGCAUUGUUUAACAUUACCAAGUGGUGAGGAAAUGUUCUGGAAAGUGGUUAAUUCACAAUUUAUUGAUCAACGAUGGGAAGAACGAUUUUCAGCUGUGGAACGAACAAGUGUACUUCUUCAAUUGGCGAAUGCUUCAACGAUUAGCUCAAAUAAAAUAAUUCAAACAAGUCUAAGUUGUUGUAUCACACAUUUGAUUGCAUCAGUUGAUGAUCCGAAUGUUGCUGUUGCUCAACAUGCAUUACUAUUUAUUCAACAUAUGCCAUCAGCUUCUUUAAAGUUGAUGUGUCUUUGUUUGGAAUCACAAUUUGAUAGUUCAAUUUUGGAUCGAGCAUUAAUUAUCACUCGAAUUCAACAACUGAUAUCAAUUCUACCGGAUGAAGAAAUUCUUACAUGGGAAUUUUUCAUUCAACGAUUUGAAGGACUUGCUAUCGAAUGUCAACUUCUUAUGAAGAAUAGCGAAUCAAACUUUAUCCACGAUUUAACUCAUUCGGAUCCAUUAAGUGAAUUAUAUCAGCAAAAGAUAACUCGUGCACGUGAAAUUAUCGAGAAUAGUUCUAAUACUCGAUCAAUUGUUCGAACUUUACAAAAUAAUUCAAUGUGUCAUCAACUUAGUGCAGCAACAUUUCGGCCAUCAUCGGAAGAGAUGAAAGAAUCUAUGCAUUGUUCAUCGCAUAGCAGCGGAACUUUUUCACGUCAACGAGAAUUUACGAAUGAAGAGAAUCAUAUGUGUUUAUUAAUGAAUCGAGUGGUUGAUAUUGAUAAUCCGGAACGAUAUAUCGUCUACUUGACAGUUUCAUUAUUUAUAUCAUUCCUUUGUAAAACGAAGAAAAGUGGUGAUGAAAAAGCAAUAGCUAAGAAGCAAAGUUUACUUUUUCGACAUUUUAAUGCUCUCAUUGGUUACAGUAACUCGGAGAAAUGUUUUACCAUAUCACCAAAGAUAUUACGGAAAUCAACAGCAUGUAAUAGCUUUUUAAGUGGUUUACCGGAAAUUUUGGAUUCUAAUUUAGUAGUAGCAAAUCAGAUUGUGAUGCUUGGUGUACAACUUUUGCUUUAUUUACCAUCGCCUCAAAAAUUGGCCAACGAUCAAUCAUCGGCGGAAUAUUCACUUAUAUUAUUAGACAAUAACGCUCGACAUUUUUGGCUAAAUGCAGUUAUUCUUAUACUUUAUAAUAGCAGAGAAUAA